AUGGAGAACAAAACUCAAGAAGUCAAUGAUUCUCCGUUUUCUAUCCAGAAUCUGCUGAACAAACCGGACAAACCCAGAGCUCAUCUCUGCUUCUCCAGAGGCCGGAGCUCAGCUUCAGGAUCGGGCCCUUGGUGCUGCCCCAACACAGUGUGUGUGUGUGUGUGUGUUCUUCAGGUCGGCAGCUUCUGCCUGUCGGAGUCGGAGUCGGGCAGCGACGCUUUCUCUCUGAAGACUAAAGCCGAGAAACACAGCGAUUAUUACAUCAUCAACGGCUCCAAGAUGUGGAUCAGUAACGCGGAACAUGCGGGAGUGUUUCUGGUCAUGGCCAACGCUGAACCCGCCGUGGGCUACAGAGGGAUCACCUGCUUCCUCGUGGACCGAGACACGGACGGGCUCAGCAUCGGGAGGAAGGAGAAUAAACUGGGCCUGAGAGCCUCGUCCACCUGCCCUCUCACAUUCGACAACAUGAAGAUUCACCAGAAGAACAUUUUGGGGAAAGUCGGUCACGGGUAUAAAUACGCCAUUGGGAUGUUGAAUGAGGGCCGGAUCGGGAUCGCAGCACAGAUGCUGGGUCUGGCUCAGGGCUGCUUCGAUCACGCGGUUCCCUACACCAGGCAGCGGGUUCAGUUCGGCAAACGCGUCUUUGACUUCCAGGGUCUGCAGCAUCAGAUCGCUCAUGUGGCCACACAGCUGGAAGCCGCUCGACUGCUGACGUAUAACGCGGCGAGACUGAAGGAGGCCGGAAGACCCUUCAUCAAAGAGGCCUGCAUGGCCAAAUACUUCAGUGCAGAGGUUGCGGCUCUGACCACCUCUAAGUGCAUCGAGUGGAUGGGGGGAGUGGGGUUCACCAAAGACUAUCCCAUCGAGAAGUAUUACCGCGACUGUAAGAUCGGGAGCAUCUACGAGGGAACCACCAACAUCCAGCUGAGCACCAUGGCCAAGAUCAUCGACACGGAGUUCGGCGGCUGACUCGGACAUCCGGAGAUCCAGAAUACAUAAGCUGCAGCUCUUCACGUACUAAAACACUGAUGGAGUUUAUUUGAUGAAGUCUAGUUUGUUGUGUGUGUCUGUACUGACCUCUGAACCCUCUCGAAACGCAUCAUUUCUUGCUUCUGUAGUUUUGUUUUUUCCAUGAGUUUCUGAGAUGAUCACGUUAAGAUAAAGCUGUCUCAUACGUCUGUUACAGUUAUUGAUCGAGCUGGUGCCUUAUUGACGAUUGACAGCUGUUCAUCGGUUGUGUCUGUGUGUUUGUCACUGAUCCUGAGAUGAAUAAACAUGAACACACACCUGU